CGACUAGAAGUAGUACUUCCUACUCCCGUACCGUGAUCCUGCCACACAGCUCGGAAUCCGGUGGCGCUGGCAGAGUGCUUGUACACGCCAUCCACUCCACUCCGAUCCAUCGAUUGCUCCCCAUCAUGAAGCGACCACAGCUGAGGGCACACGCGUCGCUGCCGUUGUCGGUGGGAACCGCGGCCCUGUCGUCGGCCCGAAAACAACAGCAGGGACGAGCCGGGAGGUUUUCUUCCCUCUGGUCCCCGGUGGGGCUGGUCCUCUGCUGCGCUUGCUCGGUCGUCUCCUUUUACGCCGGGGCCUCGAUCGGGUACCACGCGGGCGCUGCAAGCGCAGGCGUUCGCCGGCCCCCCGGCAACGACGCCGUUUCGCCGGAAGAGCCGGGGGCCCCCGUCUACGAUGCCGGCGAGCUCGAGUGGCUCCGCAAAACCAACAAGGAGCACACCCACCAGAAAGAAAAGCUGGAGCGCCGCAUCAAGACCGUAGAGAGGGAUCUGAUGCGGUGCCACAAAGCCAACAGGGACGGGGACAAGGACAAGGACAAGGACAAAGACGAGGACGAGCCAACAAACGACGGGGGAAACAACCCCGGGCCCUUCCACUCCGGGGACUUUUCCGAGGCCCACACGGGACAAUUCGCCUCCGGGAUGCACCUCGUCGACCGGGAGGACUUUGCCGGUGCCUUUGACACGGGCGUUCCYCUGGAYCCGAGCGGUUUCGGAAACGACAGGGUCCUCCUGCUCUACAGCGACCCSUCCGCCUUUCCCUCMRGCGGAGAAAAAMCAAGCAAAAGCCCGGUGGUGUCGGCCCGCGACGCCACGGCCAACUGCAACAACCUGCACAUCGUCUACACCCAGACGGGCCGCAAGAAGCAGUGCGUCGCGCUCAUGGGGCAGUACGAGAGCUACCACCUGCACCGGUUCAUGCGGGUCGACAAAACCGAGAAGCGGGGGGCCGUCGAUCCCUCCCUCCCGCUGGUGCAGGUCAGCCGGGGGUACCAGCAGAACGGGCGCAAGUCCCACAAGGUGCCGACCGUCGAGAACUCGGAGACCCACUGGGACAACCUGGUGGCCUACCUGCAGAGCCUGCGCGGGAAGGACAACUUUUUGGAGGCCACGCUGGACCCGAUCCUCAAGAAGGUCGCCUCCCACAACGACCACAACACGGUCGUUGUCAUGGUGUGCAAUUUCGGCCAGUCCGAGCUGCUGUGGAACUGUGCGUGCAUCGUGUGAUGUGUUGUGUUGCAUUGUGUUGUGUUGUAUUGUAUUGUAUUGUAUUGUAUUGUGUUGUGUUGUGUUGUUUUGGUGCAGUGCCGUCUCCUUGCUCACUUCUCUUGGAUGGGUGUUUUUUUUUGGGGUGUUUGUGUUUCGUGUCACGGCUUUGCAACGCCCUCUCUCUCUCUCUCUCUCGCACCCGCGACCGCAUUCUGGAACAGUCGUUUGCAAUGCCCGCGCCAAGGGAUUCGGAGACGUCCUCAACAACAUCCUGCUCUUCGCCACGGACAAGGAAACCCACGAACUGGCCACCGAGUACAUGGGCAUCACCUCCAUCUACAUCGAGUCCAUCUUCGGGGACAUGCCCCGGGGCGCCGCCCGGGCCUACGCCGACAGGACCUUUCGCCAGAUGAUGGCCGCCAAGGUCUACUGCGUCCAGAUGGUCUCGGUACUCGGGUACGACCUCCUCUUCCAGGACGUCGACAUCGUCUGGUACCAGAACCCGCUCGAGUGGUUCCACGACACCAACAACCCCCACUACCACUUCGACAUGUACUUCCAKGACGACGGGAACCACUCCCUCUUCUACGCCCCCUACUCGGCCAACACGGGCUUUUACUACGUCCGGAACAACCCCCGGACGCAGUUCUUUUUCAACUCCCUCCUGAUGGCGGGGGACCUCAUCCUCAGCACGAGCUCCCACCAGAUCGCCCUCAUCGCCCUCCUCAACGAGCACGUGAGUCUCUACGGCCUCACGGUCAAGAUCUGGGAGCGAAACAAGCGCGAGUUCCCCGGUGGCUUUCUCUACCACAACCGCAAGGCCGCGGGCUUUAUGAAGGAGCUCAUGGCCUUUGGGGACAACCACAACGACCGCGACGAACCAGCCGGCGACAACAACGACAACAACAUUAGCAAUAGCAACGAAAACAAGACGUACAUUUUCCACAUGAGCUGGACCAAGAACAAGAACGACAAGGUCAAGUUUUUCCAGCAAAUGGGAGAGUGGUACCUGGACGGCUCGUGCAAAAGCACCGAGCCGAAAGAUCUCGCGAAGAAACACAAGCCAAAAAUCAGCGACGAGAACAACAACAACAACAACGGCUGCUGUCUGGCGAUGCCCAAAAUCCAGUGCCACUACCGCGACAAGCCCAGCAAGAUUCCCUGCAAUGAUUCACCAACGAUCGACAAGAAAGGAAAACCCUUUUGGUAAUUGCUUCGGGGAAUCAUCGGAUCGAAUCGAAUCGAAUCAGGUCGAGUGGAGUCGAAUCGAAUCGAAUCGAGUCGAGUCGAAUCCGCUCCGCGACGGUUGGGCAGGACGCGAUUCGAUGCAACGCAGUGCGAUGGCUUCCCAUGCCACGGCAUGCGACGCAAGAAGUCGGGGAUGCACGGUGCCAAGCAAGCAAGCACGACACUCCGGUGCCCCUUCGAUCUCCCGGGACACCGGGCUGGCAAGCCCGCGGCCUUUCGUGGCAGAACAGGAAUUCCCCCGCGUCGCGUCACGCCACUCUGUGCCGGUACCCCACCCCGCCGACGGCUGCUCGCUCGCUCGCUGCCACCAGCCGAUACGGCAUGCGUGCACUCCGUUGCUGCCUGCUUGCAAACGGCAACGCGUGCGGCUUUGUUUGUUUCGUUUGGUUGGACAGCAACGGGGACAGUUCUUUGGCAGACGGCCAACCAAACCAGAGCAGCCGAGGUUGUGCGAUCCAGGGACAUUCUUCAAGCAAUGACAAACGAUAAGAUGCUACGAAAGGUUACAAAGUACUAAAAGAAGUAAAAGUAGACAUAGAACCAGGUGAAACAAAAGAACCAUAGAAGAGUUCUUUCUAAUUCAAAAAGUAGCAGAGCUAACAGUGGUUUUACUAGUGCUUGAAGACAGAGCCACCUGGGAUAUCUUUUUAAAAAUAAUAAAAUUCAAACUGUAGACCAUAUUUGGAUCAUACCGGUGGUGCCUCAAUAGUUGAACUAUCAGGAAGAGCACACUUGUCAUAAUAAAUGAUUACACAAUUU